CUCUCUCCGCCUACAGCGUCCGGGCUCUACAGGUGACCCAGCGCCACAGCCACUCCGACGCCACCACCCUAGCUGCCAUCACCGCAGACUCGAGCCGCAACCUAAGCAGCAGGUGCCGCCAUGCCAGUGAAGAAGUACCUGCUGCAGUGCCUGCACCGGUUGCAGAAGGGCCCAGGCUACACCUACAAGGAGCUGCUUGUGUGGUACUGCAACAACACCAACACACACGGCCCCAAACGCAUCAUCUGUGAGGGCCCCAAAAAGAAGGCCAUGUGGUUCCUGCUCACUUUGCUCUUCACCUGCCUGGUGUGCUGGCAAUGGGGUGUCUUCAUCCAGACUUACCUGAGCUGGGAGGUCAGCGUCUCGCUCUCCAUGGGCUUCAAGACCAUGAACUUCCCGGCGGUCACCGUCUGCAAUUCCAGUCCCUUCCAGUACUCCAAGGUCAAGCACUUGCUGAAGGACCUGGAUGAGCUGAUGGAGGCUGUGCUGGACAAAAUUCUGGCUCCGGAGCUCGGUCACACCAACACCACCAGUACCCUGAACUUUACCAUCUGGAACCACACGCCUCUGGUCCUUAUUGAUGAACGGAACCCUGACCACCCAGUGAUCCUCGAGUUGUUCGGGGACAGCCACAAUAGCAGCAGUCCAGCCCCAGGAAGCACCUGCAACGCCCAGGGGUGCAAGGUGGCCAUGAGGCUGUGCAGCGCCAAUGGGACUAUGUGUACCUUCCGGAACUUCACCAGUGCCACCCAGGCUGUGACUGAGUGGUAUAUUCUGCAGGCCACCAACAUCUUCUCUCAAGUACUUCCAGAGGACCUGGUGGGGAUGGGCUAUGCCCCUGAUCGAAUAAUCCUAGCCUGCCUGUUUGGGACAGAACCCUGCAGCCAUCGGAACUUCACACCUAUCUUCUACCCUGACUAUGGCAAUUGCUAUAUCUUCAACUGGGGCAUGACAGAGACAGCGCUUCCUUCUGCCAACCCUGGGACUGAAUUUGGUCUCAAGUUGAUCCUAGACAUCGGCCAGGAGGACUAUGUCCCCUUCCUUGCGUCCACAGCAGGAGCCAGGCUGAUGCUCCAUGAGCAGAGGACGUACCCCUUCAUCAGAGAAGAAGGCAUCUACGCCAUGGCGGGAACUGAGACGUCCAUCGGGGUGCUGGUGGACAAGCUGCAGCGCAAGGGGGAGCCCUACAGUCCUUGCACGAUGAAUGGCUCCGAUGUUGCCAUUCAGAACCUCUACAGUGACUACAAUACCACGUACUCCAUCCAGGCCUGUCUUCACUCCUGUUUCCAAGACCACAUGAUCCAUAACUGCAGCUGCGGCCACUAUUUGUACCCACUGCCUGCUGGAGAGAAAUACUGCAACAACAGGGACUUCCCCGACUGGGCCUACUGCUACCUAAGCCUACAGAUGAGUGUGGUCCAGAGAGAGACCUGCCUCAGCAUGUGCAAGGAAUCCUGCAAUGACACCCAGUAUAAGAUGACCAUCUCCAUGGCUGACUGGCCUUCCGAGGCCUCUGAGGAUUGGAUCCUCCAUGUCCUGUCUCAGGAGCGGGACCAGAGCGCAAAUAUCACCCUGAGCAGGAAGGGUGUUGUCAAGCUCAACAUCUACUUCCAAGAGUUCAACUACCGCACCAUUGAGGAAUCGCCAGCCAACAAUAUCGUGUGGCUGCUCUCUAAUCUAGGGGGCCAGUUUGGCUUCUGGAUGGGGGGCUCAGUGCUGUGCCUCAUUGAGUUUGGGGAGAUCAUUAUUGACUUCAUUUGGAUUACCAUCAUCAAGCUGGUGGUCUCCUGCAAAGGCCUGCAAAGGAAGCGGCCACAGGCACCAUACACUGGCCCACCACCCACCGUGGCUGAGCUGGUGGAGGCCCACACCAACUUUGGCUUCCAGCCUGACACAGCCAACCACAGUCCCCAUGCCGAGGUCUACCCUGACCAACAGACUCUGCCCAUCCCGGGCACCCCACCUCCCAACUAUGACUCCCUAAGACUGCAGCCACUGGACACCUUGGAGUCUGACAGCGAAGUCGAGGCCAUCUAGACCCGACCCCACCUAGCAGCUGGUGAACUUGAAACUACAAAGUUAUAACCGUUUCUAGUGCCUCGUUUUAUUGGGCUUCAUCCAAAGAGCCAGGAACACAGGUGCCCACACCAGAGUUCAUGCCCCUCUAGAGAAGCCAGCAGUAACUGGCCAGUCCCAGGCUCAGGGACCCAUAGGGUCAAGAUGCUGGUACCAGUAUACUGAAGUUGUAACCUUGCCUGGCUCCUGUCCACGUUUCCCGUGCUCUUUACUCUGUGUUGUCUUUUGGCCUAGCAGACAGGCUCCAGAGACCCCUGGAGUCCCUCUCCUAGUGGUAGGUCAUAUCCUUCUGUGUAUGUGUCACCAUCUCAGUGACCUUGCUCUAGUCAGCCUUGGUCGACCUGUUAUCAGCCUGGGGGUGGGGGGCGACUACAGAUCAUGGGGAGGGAGCUUGUCAGGGGAGCACAUGCUUGGUUUAGAAAAUAAAGAGGGAAAACACUGAAUGGAUAUUGGUUCUUUAUCCCGGUAGGUAGCUGGGGUGUCCUGGAGCAUGUCUGGGUUGUGGACAUGUUGUCCUUCCAAGUUGUCCCCAAAGCAUUGUCCCAGAGACCUUCGAGGUGCCACCCAAUCUAUUUCUCUAGGUUGCACAAAUAGGUAGAAAAAAACUCAAACCAACUUAAGCAAAACCAGUCAUGGGGAUAGAGAGCAAAUACCUGUAAUCCCAGCACUAGGAAGGUCAAAGCAGGAAUGUCUGAGUUCAAAACCAGCUUGGACUACAUAGUGAGACUGUCUCAAGAAACCAAAUCAAUCAAACCACACAAAACAAAUAAAGGCUCUCAAGCAUCCCAAAUAACUCAGUCUCCACUUCUGGGGGUCUCUGGAGGUCUCUCUUAAUACCUGCUCCAGGCUGAUACUCAUUGGUCCCUGACUAGGUCAUGUGCUUAUCUCUGAGCCAAUCAGCAUGGUCAAAGAUCUGGCUAAACUAUUCAGAUCAGCAGUUCUAUGUGCCCAGACCUGAAGCCACCAUCGCACCCAGAAAAUCACAGUGAGGGGAGUGGGGCCUGGUGCCCAGGGGGUGCCAGCCAAAACUCAGACCACUCAGUUAAAACAAUUUCAGGGAAACAACAAAUUAGUUUUGUAGUACAAUUUGCCCCUGGAAUAGUUGGGAUGUAUUAUAUGAAUAAGUCAUUUGUUUCUUUCACAUUCAAACUUAAGUGAAUGACCUGGAUCCUUGCUGUUAAAUAUGGCAAGUCUGAUGAGUCCUCAUAGAGGAGGCAAGGUAUUGCUGGCAGGUGCAGGUGACUGAACCACACAGAGUCCCACUGCCACCUGUCAAGUCCCAGUGAGGAAGGAGCUCUGGCUACAGAGCCUGAUGUCUGAGGGUCUAGCCUGGUUGGUGGAGAUCAGCUGGGCUCCUUUGUCUGCCAUCAAGGUCCCACCAUGGAAGAAGGCAGUGUCCACCUGGGUCAAGCUGGAGGCUGUUUGGGGGACAAUGGGUCUCCUGGUUCAGGGCCCAGCUAGCCUGUGACCAGAAUCACCUGGCGGUGACUCCAGCUUUUGUUGUCAGCGGCCCUCAACACACGCACCAUCACCACUUAUUGUCAUUGCUAAGCAGCAGCUAUAGGACAUCAAUUACUUACCACCAUGUGCCAAACCCCGUGCUGAGUACUUCACCAUUUUAAUAGUGGUAUUGUGUGUGUGCUGUGGGCACAUGUGUGUGGUGUGUACACACGUGCAUGUGAGUGCACAUACAUAUGAAAGCCUGGAGUCAAUGUUGGGAAUCUCCCAUGAUUCCCUCCACCUUAGCUUUUUGAGAUAGAGUUAUCUCACUGAUCCCGGUGCUCACAGACUGGCUAGGCUGGCCAGUCAGUGAGUUCCAGGGAUCGCCAGCCUAGUUCCCUGUCUCCAAACCUAGUGCUGUAGUCACAGACCCAGGCCACUGUGCCCAGUUUUUUUGUUGUUGUUUUGUUUUGUGGGUGCAGGGGAUCCAAACUCAAGUCCUCUUGCUCCUGUGGCAAACACUCUACUGAAUGAAGCAUCCCCUAACCCUCAUGCUGAGUACUAUACAAUUCUUAUUUCACUCUAUCCUCACAACCUGGGAGCAGUAAUAUGCCAUUUUAAUUCUCUAUAUUUUUGUUUUUGUUUUGAGACAGGGUCUUACUAUAUAGCCUUGGCUGGCCUAAAACUCCCUAUGUAAACCAGGCUGGCCUUGAAAUCACAGAGAUCUGCCUGUCUCUGCCUACUGAGUGUUGGGACUAAAGGCGGGUGCCACCACACUUACCUCAUAAUAUCCUAUUUAGCAGGUAAGUAAAUUGAGGCUGGAAGAAGCAAAGACAUCCACAAUCACUAUUCUAUGGAUUGAAAAGCUCCUUGGAAAUUCAUAUUGAAAAUUAAUAUUCCUAUCAUAUGCUCAGUGGUAGAGUGUCUGCCCAUCACCUGGGAGGUCCAUUCCCAGAACUAAAGCAAGCCAACAAAAAGACCCAGAAAAUACUCUGGUCAUGGCAUUUGGAGUUGUCACAACUGGGUGAUGAAGGGGAUUAAAGUUAUCAGAGUGGG